ACGAGGUUGUGUCAAAACGGUCAAAACGAUUGUUUACGUUUACGUAUUUUAUAUAAACUUUGAUUAAUUUUCUUUUUAAAAAAACUACCCUAAUUAUGUACUAUUUGAGUGAGAAUUAGAAUAUUAAGUUGACAAAGUUAUCUAAUUUAUUGAUAAUAAACUAGUGACAAUAAUGGAAUUACAUGAGAGGUUAUGUUUGUGUGCAAAAGAGAAAAAUUGGGAAACUUUGACUGAUUUUUUAAAACCAAAACAAUUUCCGAAGGAUGAAUCUGGGAAACUUGUGGAUACAAAAUUACUAGCGAAAGUGGCUCAAAUUACAACAGACCCAAGUUUCGAGGUUCCAGAAAAGGCAAAAGUCAUUCUUCUCAAAUGUCUCGUAAAUUCUUGCAUUUGCGCUUACAAACACAAAAGCUACGAUAUCAGAGAUGCGAAAGUUUCAAAAUAUCAAACUGAACUCUAUGCCUUAUUAUCUCAGUCUCCAAUUUCUGUGUCGACUCUAAAAAUCGAUAAAACAUAUCCAGUAGAGACACAUUUUCCAUAUGAUGGAGUCAGUCAAUUGGCAGUUGAUACUGUUCUUCAAUUUUCAAAAGAGGAAAAAAAACUGUCGGAUGAAGAAUUAGAUAUUCUCAGACAGAACGUUCAAUUUCUUUCCAAUUUAGUCACUUUCGCCUGCAGGAAUAUCUCUUUUCCGGAUUACGAGGAACCCCCAAAAUGUAUUGAAAACGAGGAAUUCAAAAAUGCAAUUUCAAAACUGAUUGGACACGAGCACAUUCCAGUGGUGAGAGCAGCCUCUGCUUUUGUCCACAACAUGAUCUCUCAAUCAAUUAAAGACUAUUUUUCAAAUAGCGAUAAAUCUCAACUAGUAAAGCUCCUAAUAAAUGCUGCCAAAAAGGGAAUUCAGUCUGCCUCAGAUGUGACUCUAUUUCUCGUCCAGGAAAAAAAUUUACUCCCAAAUAUUUACAACGAUCUCCAGAUACACGAAAAAUUGUAUCUGCUAGAAAUGAUUCAUUUGAAUUUAUUGGAAUCGAAUCAGUGCUUUCCCGUCGAAACGGCAAAAUUUCUCGCCGACAAAUUUAAAAAGAAAAGCGAUCUGGUUCUCAAAACUGUGGAUACUUAUUUGGAUGGGAUGGAACCUAUGGAAGUGACGAUUCUCUUGGAUAUUUUGGGAAUUUUAACAUCAGGGGAUGAUGAAGUUUCCCUUAUUUUGAGAGGAGAUAAGAGUCUUUUGAUAAAUGGCCUCUUUCUCCUGAAAUCUCUACAUAUGGCGGGGAAGGAGUCGAACAAUUUUUUCACGCCUUUGCAAAAAUUGAGCGAAGUUGCUCCAUGUAAUCUAGGGCAGGAUAUUUUGUUAAAAGAGGCUGAAAAUUCCAAAGAGGGCGAAAAACUGCCUUAUAAUAAAAAUAUUCAGGCGCAUCCUGCGUUCGGAUUUAAAGCUGGACUGAUUCGUUUGGUUGGAAACAUGGCAUUUGAAAAUAAAGAUAAUCAGGAUUUGAUUCGAGAGGAAGAAGGAAUUCCCCUGAUUUUAGACAGCUGCAAUAUUGACGCCAGAAAUCCACUAAUAAUUCAGUGGUCGAUUUUGGCGAUAAAAAAUUUGUGCAAUAAGAAUCCAAACAACCAAAAAGUAAUUCAAGGCUGCACAAAAGUUGGCGUUGUUGACAGUACAGUUCUUCGCGAAAUGGGUCUCACUUUGCAUGAAGAAGAUGGAAAAGCAGUUGGAAUCAUGCCUUUUGAGAUGAAAAAAUAACGCUUAGAGAAAAAAUGUCCUAAACAAAUAAAAACUGUUUUCUUGGAUACGCAUGGACAUUUUGUUGAGUUAAAAAAAUUUGGUUUGAUGUAACAAAAUAUUUAAUUCAGCCAACCACGUUUUCUUGUUGAAUUGAGCAAAUACUUCAUCUACUAAAGUGUUCGGGUAAAACAAUCGAAAAAUUUGUUACGAUUAACCAAAUAUUCUGUUGUCGAUAUAAUAAUCAUCGUUUUUUGAGUGUACUGUGAGAGUUGAGAUACGCGUGCGCGUUUAUAUACUUGAUGAUUUUUGUUAAUAAAAACGUGUGUUCCAACAGAACCCUUAA